AUGACGUCCAACAGUGCGUCUCUGGUCGGCCCUCCGGUACUCGAGUUUGCGAUUUACAACAAAGUCCCGAGCGGUAAGAAGCGCACCGACCCUAGACAGGGAACGAUUGACCAGGACCCCGACUUCAUGGCCUUCCUCCAGUCCUUGACAAAUCCGGAGAUGGAUAAGGAGAACGAGAACAGCGAGAAUAAGGAUGCGGAGGAGUCGAAGCCCGAAGCCAAGGUCACGACGACACCCUUGAUUGAGUUCAUCAAGGAGAAGAAGGCGAACAAGCAAAAGGAGGCUGCCGCCGCUAAGAGCGCUAAGCAGGCUCGGCAGGAGUCGAACACCAAGGGCAAGGCCUCGGCAUCAAACGCGGAUGAUUCAAAGAAAGGCAAGAAGGACGCCAAGGGGGAGAAGUCGGCCGACAAACCUAAGGAGACGGUCAAGAUUCUCACCAAGAAGGCCACCGCCGAAGCUGCCAAGGCCGCCGAAACAGUGGCCGGCCAGAUCACUCAGGCCUCUUCGACCUCUCAGGAUGCACCCAAGAGCCGGCGAGCUGGCAUCGCGGCCGCCGCACGCAUUCUGCAGAGAGACCUUGGCAUCAGUCCUGGAAGUGCGCAUAGGAGGGCACGGCUCGACGCUGCAAAGGCCGAGGCGGAAGCAAAGGCAACGACGAAGGAAGCAGCGCAACCCGCGGCCGAACCCGCGGCACCUAGUCCAGCACCCGUCGCCGCACCAGCUCAGUCAUCUUCGGCCACUUCUCAGAUAUCGGAGCGGAGCACAACGCCCACCGCGCCCAAGUCAGGUCGUUCUCGCAGAGGGGGUGGCGGCAAAAAUGUGGGUGCCAGCGAUUCCAAGGGCAAGUCGACUGAGGCAAGCUCCACUACUACACCGGCGCCUGCCAAGGCUCCGGUCGUGUUACUCAAGAAGAAGGACGAGGAGAAGAACAAGGAGAAGGGAACCAAGGCCGACAAGGAGGCAUCGAGCUCGGCACAGCAGUCAGCUGCACCAGCGACGAACGCGAAACCCAACCCCCCGACGGGCCCCAAGUCCUCGGGCAAGGGCGGCAACUCCAAGAAGAGCACCACGGCCGUCACCCCCGGCGCAACCCGCGGUUUCGUCAAGCACGCAAACCCCUCACAGGGCGUCACCGAGGCGCUCCUGAAGCAGGCCAUGGAGGUCUUUGGCACUGUCACGUUCGUCGAGAUCGACAAGCGCAAGGGCUUCGCGUACGUCGACUUCUCCGACCACGACGGCCUCACCAGGGCAGUCGCCGCGAGCCCUGUGCAGGUCGCCCAGGGCACCGUCCAGGUCCUCGAGCGCAAGGAGAAGAAGCCAGCCGCGCCCACUUCGAACGCCAAGUCGGAGCCCAGCAGCGCCAACGCCAACGCCAAUGCCGGCGCGGCGAGCCCCAACCCUGCGGCGCCUUCGGCGUCCGCGUCGGCCAACAAUGCGACGCCGUCCGAGAAGCCGGAGCACCACAAGCGAACCAGACGCGGCCGCGGGGGCGGUAAGGCCGCGGCGAAUGCGUCGGGCAGCAACAGCGGCAACAAAGAUGCGCGCAGCGAGCCGGCCGCCUCAACUGCAGGUACGGGCUGA